GGAAAACCCCAUCAUAUUGACGAUAUGGCUUCAGAAAGCAACAUUGUUAAGUGCAGUGACAAAAAUAAUGAAAAUUUAUCCAUGGCUGAUUCGAGUAAUUUAAAUUUCAAAGAAAUUUUCGAUAGUAAAUUGGCUGAGUAUGGUAUUCAGGAUCUCAACGAAAAGCUUGGACUUCAGAAAGGAUCUUAGAGGUUAUAAACGAAAUAAAAAAAGCUCAAGGGGCCAUGAGAAGGACGGCUAUGGAUUAUUAUUGGAUGAACAAAUACGAUAUUAUGACCAUUGCAAAUGAAGAUUGUUUAAUUUUUAAAAGACUCACAGCCAAUGCUCCCCCGAUACGCAUUUUACCUAGAGAACAGUAUUUUCAUAUCUUAUCAAAUAUCCACUUAUCCUGUGGCCAUGGUGGGCGAGAUAAAAUACUAUACCACAUAAAGAAAAGAUACUAUAUUCCGAAGAAAGCCGUAGAAAUUUUCGUGUCUCUUUGUCCUGUAUGUAAAAUUAAAAGAAAUGUCUCAAGAAAAGUUAUUGUAACGAAGCCAAUCAACUCACGUAAUUUUAAUUUAAGUGGAAAAGUCGACCUUAUAGAUUUUGAGUCCUGCCCCGAUGGAGAGUUUAAAUGGCUUUUAAGCUACCAAGACAACGCAACAAAAUUUCUAAAUCUACGUCCGCUUAAAACAAAAAGAGAAGUUGAGGUAGCUUCUGAACUAAUGAAGAUUUUUUUAACAUUCGGGGUACCCUGCACUUUACAAUCAGACAAUGGCCGUAAAUUCACUGCAAAUAUUAUAAAAGAGUUAGUUAUAAUGUGGCCCGAGUGCAAAAUUGUUCAUGGGAAUCCGCGUGGGCUUCAAACUCAAGGCAGCCACGAGAGAAGCAAUCAAGACAUCGAAAAUAAUCUCCGAGCCUGGAUGAAUGAAAACAAUUCAACAAACUGGUCUUUGGGCUGCUUCUUCAUACAAUAUUUUAAAAAUACUUCAUUAGAUCGAACGAUUAAAAGAUCUCCAUACAAAGCACUAUUUGGGAGUGAACCUAAAGCGGGUUUAAAUGAGUCUGAUAUUCCAACCUCUACACCUUUAAGGAUAGAUACGGAGGUGGAAUUGAAAACUGAAGCUACGAACAGUGAUGCAUCAUUCGAUCGAAUCAUUGGAAGAUCUCCAUACAAAACACUAUUUGGCAGUGAAUCUAAAGCUGGUUUAAAUGGGUCUGAUAUUCCAACUUCUACACCUUCAAUGAUAGAAACGGAGAUGGAGUUGAAAACUGAAGCUACGAACAGUGAUGACAACAAUGAUAACAUUGAAAAUUUAGAGUCAAACUUCACUUGUGCAGUAUGCCACAACGACCUAACUGACGCCGAUCACAAGUGUGAGUAUUGCAACAGUGUUGCAAUGCAAUAUGAAAUUGAAGUUACGAACUAUGAUGACAAUAAUGAUAACAUUGAAAAUUUAGAGGCGAAUUUCACUUGCGCAGUAUGCCAUAACGACGUCACUGGAGCGCACAAGUGUGAGUACUGCAACAGUGUUGUAACGCAAUAUGAAAUUGAAGUGACGCACUGUGAUGAAAAUAAUGAUAACAUUGAAAAUUUAGAGUCGAACUUCACUUGUGCAGUAUGCCAUAAUGACGUCACUGGAGCGCACAAGUGUGAAUUUUGCAAUAGUGUUGUAAUGCAAUAUGCGGAAUAACAGUGGGUGAAGAGGGUAAAAUAAAUGUAGAAAGCAGCUGAAAAGAUGACUUAUUAAGUUACGCUGUUUGAUUUCAUUAUUACCAAAUCACAGUAUUCGAUUUUUUUUUCGAUGGUCACCCUUUUGUAUGAAUGGCCCAAGCAUCAGCUAGCCAGUUCAUUAAAUAUUGUAUUAGAAGUUUUGGCUGAAUAUUUAUUAAAAAGGGUAGACUGAAUUGAAGUGGGUAUUCAUUGGAUGCAUAGGCAAUGGAUAACUUUGGCGUUUAAGGGAAUUUCUAUGACUAAUUUUCAA